GACGCGCUUUUGGUGCUACGUGUGUACAACGGUAGUCGCACGCCGCCGGACGUAGUCGUCUUGCACACCACGCACGGCCGCGUACCGCCCGCCCGAAAUACCAGCGCGUAACCGACGGGUUUUCCGCGGACAGUCGCGCAGCAGCUCUUCCGGCAUACGGCGGCACACCGCGGCACGGCUAUCCUGUUGUAUAGGUGGUACACGGCCGAACCGCACGCCCGGGGCGCGGCUACCUCGGACGGACCAUCGCCACGACGUCGCCGCCGUCAUGACGCCCGUCAUCAGUUCGACGACUUGGGUACGAAUACAAUUAUUAAAUUUACAAUAACGAUUGCAUACUAUGUAUUAUUUGAUACGGUUAUUGGAUGCGUUCCCGUAGCGAUAGUAACAUACCGCGGACGACAUACCGCGAUGACGGGAUCCGAUACGGGGGAAAGGAACGACGAUAUUUGUGCAGGACGAUGGGAGGGGGUGGGAGCGAUGAUUUUUGCGAUGGGAGACCGAGGGUGGGGAGGGUAGGGGCGAUUUCGUCCGCGAGUGAGGAUAAUCGCCUCCACCCCUCCGGCGUACAAUAGGUUUUCGAGAGUUCGUACAAUUAUUAUUAUUAUUAUUGCAUUGGAACAGUCGAAAAGCGAAAGGGAUUUCUUCGGAACUCGCUCGCUUAACAGCCGGCAUCCGAGCGAUCGGAAUGGUCUUGGAAAAAGCGAAUUCGUAACCGUUAUCGUUUUAAUAUCAUUAACAAUGUUGCGUACGUACGCGCCGUCUACGGAGUCUGCAAACCAUAGUGUGUGCAUCGUAACGGAUAUCGUGUAAAAAACAAGAAAAAAAAAAAAAAAAACGUAAUCAUAUUGUUACGAGCGAGUGAAUUGUUGUGGUAAUGUGGUAUCUGCCGAUGUAGACCGGUGUUUAUUGAAAAAGUCCGAGUUAUCCACACGUACGGUUCGUGAGCUUUUCCCCCCCGACUCCUCGAGUUAUUUUCGACUUAUCGAGGUUCCACAUGACGUAUAUUAUGUGUGACCGCGGGUCGAUGAUCGCCUCCGGAGACGAAUCCCACCACCGCCGCCACCUCCGCCGUUGUGCGAUCCGAUGACCUACAUAAACGUCGCUCGGUUUUAUUGUCGUACUUACUUAAGUUAUUUAUUUUUUUUUUUUUUUGUUCUCCCAUUCGACCGACCGUUGUGUGCGUGUCCGCGUGAUAGCCACGAACGAACGCCGCGCUCCGAUAUCUCGUCACCGUGCCGGGAAAUCCGGUCGUCGCGCCGUAGGCCGCCGACCGCCUGUGCACGGAGACGUUAUUUUUCCCGAAAAAUCCACCGCCGAAAUCGCGACGAUCCCGAUAUCAUUUCUUCCCCGCGAAUCCGAGACCCGUUUGUUCUCGUUUUCCCGUACACGCCUCUGAUUUCUAUACGAAAUACAAAUAUCAAAUUAAAUGCACAAUAACGUAUCCGCAUAAAAUCUCCAAAUCCCUGAACCGAAUACCUACUUACAGGGCCGAACGUACCGCGGAGCACGUCUAAUAUUUUCACGGCCGGACUCAAUAGCCCCGACUAUAUUGUUCAUAUACGAUUUGUACCCGACACAAUGACGGUAACGAAUUGAUUUUUCCGUUUUAUACGAAAUAUAAUACGGUCUUCUCUUAUUCGCCUCCAUUUCAGUCGCUCUCAUUCUCCACGGUCCGUCCGUCACCGUUUCUUCGCAAUGCACACCAUACGUCCCCGUUAAUGAUCUCUGUAUUCACUCCGUCUUAGUGGCCUACGUCUUUCCCGGUUUGUAUUCACGCUCAAAUUCUUGAUCGAGUUCCUCCUUCCGUCAACGCGCUCAUAACGAUCCCCGCGAUCAGUUCUCGAUCACUUUCGCGGAUCUACUACGAACGCAAGGAAUAUGAAAAGAUACCAUAUUGUUCUAUAAUAUAAUUAAUUUCGCUUGUAAAAUGACGAUCGAACGACGCGAAAGUAAUACUACGUUUUCAACGCAAAGUUUGCGGAAAACUUUGAACAAGACUUUGUUUGAUCGGCUGUAAUUACAUAUAAUGAACUCUUAAUUUAAUUCAAACGGACAGACAAGAGACUGAUCCGCCACUGCCAACAAAAGUGUACGUAUUUCAUAAUAUUAUUAUACGCGUUUUAUAUUCUGCAGUACUGUCGUUAGUAAAUGGGUACCGAGUUUCCGUUUUCAUCCGAGAUAUAAAACGCCUGCGAGUGUGUGCGCGGAUGUUCGUAUUAUUCAACAGAUUACAAAAAGUGAUUUACUCGAAACGGGUAACGAUUUAAAUUGAGAAUAAAUGACCGUCGUGCAGUACUAAUGCACGACGAAACUCAAACGAUUGAAUCGGAUGGCAAUAAAUAUGGGAUGCGUUCCGUGUGAUUCGCUUGGUAAUAAUUUUAAUAAAACCGACAAGAAACGUCGACGAAAAGCCCCGUGAGUGAACGCCUUCCGACGACUUAAUAGUUUAGUGAAUCGUGAAAUACAUACGUUUGAAAACAAUAAAGAUGCUUCUGCUAUUCAAUUGUGGUUUUUUUUUUUUUUAGGUCAAAUAAUGUUACGCGGUUAUAUCCCUCUGGCGCCUUUUGCUGUUUAAAUAGCGCAAGCACAGCAGGCAAAAUCAACAUUUGUUGCCACUAAAAGAAAAUGCGUGUUCAAACGAUAUUGGCUUUUCGGAAUAGUAUUUCUUUAUUUUCCCCUUCUUUUAUAAUAUUGAAUAAAUAUAGAAAUAUAUUCGACCCUACUGGCGUAUUUACUGGUAGGUAAAUACGCGUGUCGUAGUAAUCGAAACGAUUUUUGCCGGUCCAAUCCCAAAAGGAUCGAAAACAAUUGUACGUCGAUUGCGUACAGUGUAUUUAUUAUUAUUAAUAAAUCACGCCCAAAACUAUUACCAUAUAUUUGAACGAAAGAAAUAUCAACUUAGGACCGAUAGAAUGUCGUUGUUCGAAAUCCAGUAAUAAUCUCGCACAAAUCAACUCUCUCAAAUAAAUACGUUUCGAAAAAAAAAAAAAAACCGUUCAUUAUUGAUACGAUUCAUUGACGUGGUUUGAGAAGUGUGUGAAGGGAGGGAGGGUUCUGGUACUUUUUUCUGAAAUUGUUACAAAAACGAUAUUGUGCCCGAGGUCAGAGUGCCUGCAGGAGGGAUACGAGGGUUUGUGUAAUUUUUAACGUAAACGAAUUUGAAAGUGUAUAUGAUUACGGUAACUGUAUACAUUUGGAAAAAUGUUUAACCCCCGCCCCUGAGAUCUGAUUUCGGGAGCUUGGACGUCGGUGCGCCCCCUCCUACCCCCUCCCCCGCCCUUCGAGUGAGCUUAUCAGAUCCGGCGCGUUUUCAUUGUUUUCAAUAUUUAUACACGCGCGACUGUAUAUUAUUAUUACAAUAUUAUUAAAGGUGUAUAAUAUAUAAUAAUAAUAUUAUGACGUACUGCAGUAACGAUGACGACAUAAAUAUCGCGGCCCGCACCAAACCGUGUUCGGGUAAUUAAUUUCAUAAUUUGACGUGAAUGGGGGAUUGUUAUUGGGUAUUUAUCGGAUAGGACGACGCCAGAAAUAAUAUAAUAUACGUAUAAAUUGUACAUAUUAUAAUAAUAAUGAUGAUAAUACAUCCUCGACCUUUGUGUUUAUAAAAUAUGAAUAAUGAAUUAUGUAACCGUUUCGCUUUCACCGCCGCCACGGCCCCAAAACUUUUAUCGAAAAAUAUAAUGUCGAAAACUUUCGUUUCGUUUCGUUUUUUUUUUUUUUUCUGUACAUCGAUAGGUAGUAGGUAUACAGGCGCAGUCAUAAUAGUAGUCGGGGCAGAUAAUACACACCGAUGUCAGAUAGGUAACGGGUACCUGUCUACCUAUUGGGUAGUUUUCGUUGGUUUACCGUGCGGUUUUAUCGGUUUUUCAGCCGUCGAAUCGCAGGCUUCUUCGCGCGCUAUUACUUUAACAAACCUCGCCCAGCCCCAACCCCCUCCCCCCCCCCGGUAACUUCCUAUAAACGUAAUAUUAUUAUUAUACGCGAUGAAAACUAGGUAAUAGCGAUAAUAAUAUUACAACAGCGACGGCAGCCCGCGGUCGAAAACGCUCGGUUUUCGUUAUUAUUAUUAUGGUGUAAUGCCAUGAAUAUAAUAUUACGCGAGUGUACAUAAUAUUAUGUUAUUUACUGCAUACAAUGGGUACCUACGGGGGGCGGGGGGGGGGAGGGUUACAACGGGUACGUACGCGAUAUCGUAUGCGCUAAAGUCGUAACGUCGUCGUCGUACAAAUAUAAUACCGUGCGGCAGUUUAAAACCGAAAACAAAAAUCAUUGCUAACGGAAUGCGAUUCUGAACGAUGUCCGAUUAAACGUGUUUUUCGAAACGCAGUGAUUUUCACAAACAAACGGACAUAAUUCGCACGAUUGGUGGGCCACUGUUGUGGGUGAAAAGUUAAGAAGGUUGAAGGGAAAUGUUAUACGUAUAUCUGCGCGAAAAAUUAAUCGUAGUUAACGAAAAACGAUUCUGAGCGGAAUUCGGUUGUACAUGUUACGCGAAAGACCGUAAUAUUUACGAUUUGAAAAUAACAAAUUUCGUAAAUUUUCCCGUUUUUCCUGAUUUUCCAAUUUAUUAGGAAAAUCCUUAGGAAAAUUAAAAAAAUGACUUUCCUAAAGCAUCACCCCAGUCAAAUUUUCUUUUAGAAAAAGUACUACACUUAAAAAACGGAGCCUAAUUUUUAAUAGAGGAGUUAUUCAUAGAAAAAAAAAAUAAACACCAUUGUAAAACCAAUAUAUUCCUCCUCGCUCCACUCAGAAUCUAAAACUAUUUUUUAAAUUUACUCACCUUAUUUUAUCACUAAGUUCAACUUAAUAAUUUUCAUUCACGUUGGCCCGGCCAAAACAAUUUUAUUCGCAUAAAAACUAAAUAAAACGCGAAAAUAUCUAAUGUCAACAAAUAAUUCAAAAAUCACCAGAUCGUUUAUAAAAUGUUACUACUUCUGGAAAAAGGCAAUAGGUAUACGACUAUUCGGUGAAAAUGUGUUAGGUAUCUACGAUUAUUUUUACAACCUAAUUACAAUAAAAAAAAAAAAAUCAAGAAUAAUAACAAAACCGUUAAGCUUAAAAUCUAUACCUAUAACGAUGUUUAAACGGCCGUUUGAUGAUUGUCGACUAUAAUCGCGUGUCGUCGAGACAUUUAGAACACCACUAUAAUAUAAUAUUAUAAUAGCUACUUAACGAUAACUUAUUACUAUCAUCAUCAAAGAUUCCGAUAUCGUGGUUUUUUUGUAUUUCUUAUCUUACAGUGAUGUCGCGAAAUCAGUGACGCGUGACGAAAGGUAAUUUUUUUUCUUUUCUUCUUUUUAUAGACGAUUUCCUCAGGGGGGGAGAAAUUUAUGUCGAUGAGUUGGCGUGUUAGUAUAACGUAUAUUGAUGCCUUAAACAAACAGUGACUAUGCUCAACAACCUUAUAAGCUGUGAAAAAGACGUUUCUGUUACCCAGCACGGUUUUCCAAAUUUUUACGUUACAGUCAAUUUCACCGUGAAAUAUAAUAACAGUUUUUCAAAAAAUGUCAUACUUAAGUGGCGGAUCAAGAAGAAGGGCUAUAGGGGCGAUAGCCCUCCCGUUCACUCUUCAAUAUAAUAAUAUACAUUCUACUCUUAGCAAUAUUCAUAAUUUAACUCGCCAUAAUUGUCUUACAUGCAUUUUCAAACUUCGAUCUCUUUCUCCAUUAUCUUGUCCUGAUACCACCGCUGCUCACGUGAAAAUGUUUCAGAAUAGUACAUGUUCGAAAAUGUUGCAUUCCCCUUAAGUUCGGAAAUUAGACGAGUAACACAAAUAGCAACCAAUAUUAAAAAUUCCGCAUAAACGUAUGAUGUUCCAGUUAAAAUAAUAGUUUCAGUGUUGAUAUUUUUAAUUCUCGUCAACCCUUAAAGAAAUAUUACACUAUAUUACAAUUUUCAAUUUUCAAUUUUGUGGGUAGACAAAGAUCAUUAUGGAUCAUAACUAGCGUCUAUUAUUCACGGUAUCGAUGUAAUUCAAACUAGAGUUGUUUUUAGAUAAUUGUCUGAUUUUUGUUGAAAAGAACCUUAUAAUAUAUGUGAUUCAAAUAACAAUAUCUUAUAAACUGCUGAUAUUUACUAAAAAAAAAGACUAACAUACUUCACACGAUGAGUGCACCACAUUUGUAGGUGAGAAGUUGGGAAAGUAGAAUAUAGAAGAGAAUUUAACGUACUUUUGUAUACAAUGAUUAUCUCAUUGCUAACGAAAAACGAUUCUGAGCGGAGUUCCGUUGUACUUGUUUUAAAAGAGUAUAGUUUUCAUAAUUUGAAUUAAAAUUUUUAUAAAAAAAAAUACAUCAAACCCAACUUUUUCUUUUUGACCACUAAGUAAAACUUAAAAUGAACCACCUGUUAAAUGUUCAAACAGUUUUGUUUGGUCCAACUGUUUUAUACACAGAGUAUCAACCGAAUAAAAAUUACGUCGAAAAAUUCGCAAAAUUAAAAUAUUUAUAAAUAGCUCAAAUGUUUUGAAAAUUUUACCGUGAAUAGAAAAGUUUUAACUGAAUUAAAAUAAAAAACAAAAUUGAAAAUAAUAAAAGCAUUAUUUUCGUAAACUUUCCAGUUUUUCCUACGGUUUUUUCAAGUUUUUCCCAAGUAUUAUAAAAAAAUCAAAAAAUAACCUCCUUAAGUACGAUAUAGAUAAAAUUCCCUUUCAGGAAAGAUGCUAGACUUGACACAUCGGAAUAAGAUUUCUGGUAGAAUUUUUGCACGCAGUAUAUAAAAAAAAAUAAUAGUAAUAAAUAAAUAUCACUGUAAAGCCAAUACAUUCCUCGCUCCACUCAGAAUCUAAAAUCUAUUCUAUACACUAUUAAUAUUAUUAAUAUUAUUUAGUGAAAAUGUUUCUAAUAUAUGCUAAGUACAGUUAAAAAAAAUCUAUAGAAGGAAUAAAAUUUUAUGGGUUUAUUCAUAAUUUGUGUCGGUUCAGAAAAAUCAAUCGUAAACUGAUUUCGUAUAAACUCGGUUACUUUUAUAAUGGCGUAUAAUUUUAAAAUAUUUUAAAUAUUCAAAUUAAUUAAUAUUAAUAUUUAAUAAACGAUAUAAAUCAAGACCGGCAUACAAAACACUAAUUUUAUCUAAAAACUUUAUGACAAUUCAAUAGACGUAUCACGUAUGUUAACAUUUUGCGUACACCUAAUGUUAUGUUUAUGAUCUGAUACAAGCAUUCAAUGUUUAUGUUUAUAAAAAUCUACUAGUACAAAUAGGUUAUAAACAGUCUUACAAUUCUUAACAUUAAAUUUUUCAUAAAUAAAAAUAUUACUAGUUUGUCUAGAAAGAUUUAGUAAAUAUUUAAUAAUACAAUUUAUUGUAACAUUCAGCCUGGAAAUAAGGUUAUUAAUAGUUCCUCUCCAAAUAGAUAUACCAUAAGAGAAAAUUGGUUGAACUAAAGCUAAAUAAAUAACUCUUUUGUACGAUUUAUCUAAUAUAUAACUCAUAUAAAUAGUUUCAUUAAAUACGUAGAUAAAUUUACGUAAAAUACCAUUAACAAUACAUUUGAUAUGACUGUCCAUUUUAAAUCUAUCUACAAUUUAAAAACGAUCAUUUUCAGAAACGUCAGUGUCGAAAAAAAAAAAUUGAACGUAUUCAAACCAUAUUUCGGGGACGGCACGUAUUAUUUUCCGGGAUUUUGGUACACCGUGGCGGCGGAAAUAGGGAAACGGCGAAAACGAUACGACUGCCAUCACUUUUCCGGGAUAUCCCCGGGGAAUAUCAUAGCAUACAUAUUAUUAUCAUCGUAUUAUUAUUUCCGUAUGCUAUCGAUGAUCGAUUUCCCGGGUCACGGGACCGAGUGAAUCGCGAUGAAUAUUGUUAGCCUGUGCCAAGUCUAUCGCGAAACGCGGACCCGGGCCGGCCGUAAAAAAUGGCCGCCACGCCCGCUAACCCGCAAAUUUUACUAUCCCCUUUGCAAACGAGCACUACCCAAACGAUUUGUGAAUAUAUUAUAAACAUUUAUGUAUAUAUAUAUAUAUACUAGUAGUAUAAUAUUAUACGGGUUUUGGACUUCGCGUUGUAUUUCGCACGUUUCGCCGUAUAUAUUAUGGCCUACACAAAUAUUCCGGAACGCGAACGGACACACAAAAUAUUAUGUUGGCCGACAUAGUAUUACAUUAUAAUACUUCAAGGAUAUUGUUUAAAUCAGAGACGAGCUAGAAUACCCGUAGCUACUACGAUCGACAUUCUGUUCAAAUAUACUUUUCGUCGAAUUUCCACCGAAAAUGGAGACUAUACUAUUGCUAAUUUUCGGGCACUUUUAGCGGUCUCCAUCCAAGACCAAACGAAUUCAAACUCGGGUAGAGUUUUUCCGUUAGCUAGUUUGAAUGAUGACAUUUUAGUUGAAUUUUACUGCCAUUUUGCGAGAAAUGGAUGUUUUUUUUUGGCGUUAAAAGCCCCCGAAAGACCUCUCCCCCAAAAGAAGCCAGGUGUGGGUGAUAUUUCUGUACGAAUAAUGUAUCAAGUGUGUGCCUUUUGGAGGUUCCAAGUUUCAACCCCCUCCCCAACAAUUUUUAAAUUUAGACCGUCUGUACAAAUGUAGAGAGCUAUAAAAAAAUCUUCCGCCAUCAACAUGGUUAAAAUUCAUGUUUGAAUUUGACCAGACUGUCAUCGUUUCAACCAGUCUAUAAAAAAAUUCCAAUUCCUGAGUUUGAGCAUCUUUGGUCCAAAGGGUGCAAUAGUCUCUAUUUUCGAGGAAAACAGAGCGAUUAUCACUAAUGCUAUACAUCACUAUCACUAGUUAAAAUAUACCACAGACUUUAAUUAGCGUGAAAAUCGUUAUAAAAUUAAAUUUUGUCUUCGUCUAAUAUUUGUUAAAAUUAUAUUAUUUAAAACGAGUUAGAGAACAUAAAUCCCUAUGUUGCUAUGCAUAAAAUUAUUAUAAUGGAAACACGGGCGAUAACAUGUAUUAUUAAUUAUUAUUACCUAUUUAAUUGUCCGGUAAAUGUUAAUUUAAUAUUUCGUCUGCUGUGGCCUCUAUUAUUAUAUUAGUAUAUAAUAUUAUACGGCAUAUUCAUGUAUUUUGCAGUCAAUGUUGUAUUUUAUCUAGAUAAAUAUAAUAUAGUUACCUCUCAUUUAUCUGGGAUGAGUAAUGAAAUCAUCUAGAUAAAUCAUUUUAAAUCGCUGUUCGGGUAUAUAUUAGAAAUUGCAGGCAAAAUAUUUAAUUUAUAUAAAUUAUUAAGUUGCAUCUAUUAAGCAACCUUAUUUGAAAUUUAGUUAUAUACAAAAUCUGGUACACUUUUACUACUUUUAACAUUCAGUUUAAUGAUAAAUAUCGAGAAAAAAAUAUCAUUAAAACUGAAUGUUAAGUAUCGAAAAAAAUGUAUUUCUUUUUUUAAGGUGACUAUUUAUUUAUAGAUAACUGAAUGUGUAUAUAUCUUUUAUUUUCAUCUGAAAAAUUAUUUUCUAGUAACGACUUUCGAUGAGUCAUGGCCCAAGUAAUCUUUUUUAUCAAGAAACUUUUAUCGCUGAUAUAGUUAAUAAUUAUAAGUUCAUAAAUAUCAUAUUCAUAGAUACGUGUAAAGCAUUGUGUGAUUUUUCAAUUUACAAUUUACUUACAAUUUUUUGUAAGUACUUUUUAAAAUUGUUUUCUGCACAUAUUACAGUUAAGGAUUAUAGUAUAACGCUGAUCAGAACUAUAGAAAACUGAUUUAAUAGAUCUUGAAUACUAUGAUAUACUCGUACAGUAUAAUAGUACAUAAUACUUAUGGUUUUUGGUGACCCUAUAACUAUCAUUCGAUUGAUCCUUAGGUUUAAAAACACCGUUCUAAAGGUGAAUUAGAAGACUUCUCUUUUUUUUCAAACCAGCAAAACUCUUUCACUCAGAAUUAUAACAAUAUAAUAAAUCGAUUUUGGCAACCAACAGUUUUUUAUUAAUUCGACAUUAAAAUCUACAUUAGAUGAACUAUAUAUUUUUGUUUGUAAACGACAAAGUAGGUAAACUCUAUAAUUGUUAUUUUCACAGAACAAAACAUAUAAAUGCAUUUUGGCACGGUUUACUGCCAGCUGCAACUGUACCACUAAAUUAAAGUUAUUAUGUAGCUGCAAUUCGUACGUCCUUUUCAUAAACCCGAGUAGCAAUUCAUAUUUUAUUUAGGGAUUGGGCCGCAAUUCUCCGACUUCGCUAGCAACGAUUCGUUACCCUUAUCUGGAUAUUCUACAGUUUAUCUUUAUAAUAUACACAACACUGUUUGUGCAUAAGUACAGUAUCGCAUAAAAUAUUAUAAUGAUGUUAUACUGUAUACCGUCAUCGCCGCCGGUGUGAAUUACUCGAAAACAACCGGAGAAUAUAAUAAUAAUAUUAUUAUUAUAUUAUUAUGUUGUGCUCUGGUUUUAUCUCGGCAAGAAUGACCGUCGGCCGCGGCAUAAAUUGUCCGGACAUCACGAGGAACACAGAGAAAACCAUAUUGUACUAUUAUUUAGAACUCCCGGAAAAUCGCUCUCGGGGCUCUUUAGGGAUUUGUCUCGUCCGCAAGAAGGAUCGUCAUCCUUGGCACGAUAUCAAUGAACAUAAAACGCCGCGAAACGCUUUAUUAUGUACCACGUUGGGUACCCCGAAAAACGACCGGACUCUCGGCCUCUGUAUCUUUGUGACGCCACAAAAAACGACCAGAACGUAUGUAAGCUCGUUUAGUUUAGCUACAGAGAUUCCGCUACUUGCGUAUAAUUUUCCAACCUGACCACGAUCCCACGGUGUAAUUACGGCGGAACGUACAUCCGGAAUACAUUAUAAUACGUAUACAAUGUAUUCACUAUGAAUCUAUAUAACAUUGUCAAUGUUUGUAAUUACUAGUAAGUAAGUUACCACCAUUGCCAAGUACCAAAAAGGUUUACCCGUGCGUAUAAUAAAAUAUACGUACAGUAUAGAAGCCAUUUAUUAGAAACAAUCCUGAACCAUGGUGAAAUGUGUCAAUCAAUGUGCCAUUGGUUAUUAUAUUUAUUUAUUUUUACUAUUAAAAAAAAAAUUUUAAAAAGGACGGAUAUACUUCAAACUUAGGUGCAGUUACUGUUGUAAGUGGGAAGCUGGGAAGGUAAGAUACAGACGGGAAUUUAAUGUAUAUCUGUAAGCAACGUUAAACCAUUGCUAACGAAAAAAUUAUUUCAAUCUUUUUUAACCUAAAGAACCAGAUUUUGGUCAUUAUCUCGAAUAUUAAUGAGAAUUUCAAAAAAUGACCUCUUCAAAGUAUCACCCAGAAAACAUUUCCUUUCAGAAAAAAUGCUCUGCUUAGAAAUCAGAAUAAGCUUUCUGGUAGAAAAAAUGUUAUUGCAUAAAAAAAAAUAUAUAUAUUUGUAAAACCAAUAGAUUCUUUGCUUAACUCAGAAUCUAAAAUUUACAAUUAAAAAAUGUAAAACAUAUUUUAUUGCAUAGGUACUUAUAUUGCAUUUUAUAUUACUUAAUAUUAUAUUAUGUAAAAAUGUACCUAUUUAAUGAUGUCUGUUUUUUUGCUUGAUUAACUUAUCGUGGAAUCCGAAUUACUCUUCAUAAGAGCAAAGCUGCCCCCAGCUGCACGGUGUUGAAUUGCUUUCUUGAGAAUACACACUAUGAGGUUCUAGAAUUUCUUUAUUUGAAGGAGGGGGCUCUUGCUGUUUUCUUCUUAAAACAAAUGUCAACUUGUUCAAGUAUUUGAAGAUUCAGAUAGCUUUUUAUUUCAAAUAACCUAUGAAUAACGCGAUUAUAUCAAUUAUCCGUGUUCCUAAUAAGCAGUUUUUAGAACAUCACUUAUAUCGUUUUUACGACCCACCGUUAAUUUUUCGCAAACAACGGCGAUAAAACUUUUCUUAAGUGCAACAAACCCAAGAAUACACUAGAGAGUAUUCGAGGCCAGCUGUUCUAGAAAAUAAUUCAAUUCAUUAAUAGAAAAUUAAUUUUCUCUUCAUAACACUUUAAACGAAAAUUAUUUUGAAAAAAAUAAUUUUAUGUUAACUAGUUAACUUAUGUUAUGUUAAGUGUGAAACACGCAUUUGACCGGGGUUUUUCAAUCAAUUUAAUAACCUUUGUUUUAUAGAAUUUUGCAAAACAUUUUGAUUGAUACUUUCCAUUAAUCAACAAAAUUUAUAAUAAUAAUUUAAAUUUCUCGUAAAAAAAAAAAACAGAUAUUGUCGAGAGAGUAACGAUAUUUAGAUAUUUAGAAGACAUAAAUUAUAUUAUAACAUUAUUAUAAUUGACGUGCCCAGCUCGUCAAUUAUGUUUUUUAACUUAAAUUACAAAGUUUUAGCGUCAAAACUUUGGAUACGGUAUCGUGAACUACAAAAACCUCUUAAUGACGACGAAUAUUGUUAUUAAAUUGCACAAAAAACGAUGGAAAUAAUUUUCAGCGAUAAAAACUAUUCUAUAUCGGUAGCUAUACGUUUAAACUUUAGACAAAUAUCACGUACACAACAGCUUAGUAUUCAAGGUGAUCAACAUAACAUAGUAAAACAUUUAUUAUGUCAAAAAAUAUUAACUUUUUUCGAAAUGUGUUUUUUAGACAAUUUAAAAACAUCCAUGCAGAGGCAGAGUGGCCCAUCUAGAUACCUGGAUUUUUCCAGAUAGACCGAUGCUCUUAAAAAAUUAUAGGCCGACCACAAGUUAAAUAUCUUAUCUUACAUAUUUAAUAAAAUAGACAAUAAUUAUACAACCAGACUAUAAAAUGUUACAUUGCCGAAAAUCGUAAAAAUCAAGGCGUUACAAAACAUGUUUAACCGAACAUCACUUAGAAUUGUAUUUCAUUAGCAAUAAUUUAUCGUUGAAUAUAGAUAUAAAUUAAAUAACUUUAUAUACGCUAACUUCCCAACAUCCCAACUAUGACAGUGGCACAUCACUCAGCCGUAUCAGCUCUUAUUUAAAAUAAUUUUAUUCAAUAUUUACCUGCUGAAGGGAAUUUAAUGUAUAUCUGUAAACAACGAUAAACCAUUGCUUAUGAAAAAACGAUUCUGAGUGGAAUUCAGUUGUUAGUCAUGCUUUGUCAACAAUAUAUAUAUAUGUAAUUUUAUGGUAAAAUAAUUUAAUUGGCAUUUGAUAUUUUUUUAAUCUUUCAAAAAUAAUACUCAAAUGCUAGAAUUCUCUAACUCUAAUAAUGACCUAAAGGUUGAAUGCUAAAAAGUAGGUACUAGUAAUUUAUUUGUGACUGUUGGGUUAUCUAUGCCUAUUUUAAAGCAAAGUAAGGAAUGUAAUGGUUUUACUAUUACAAUUUGUUUUUUUUUAAUUUUUGUCUAUCUGUAAACAACUUUUUUACUAGAAAUCUUUCUCCAAUUAAAAAAUGACAACAAAGCUUUCUAAGUUGAAUUUGAGAUUUACGUUGUUGAUGCAUUCAAGAUAUUAUUCUUUAAUUUACCAACUAGUUUUCAUAAUAAUUGAGAAAAAUACGAAAUUGUACGGAAAUAACAGUUUCAUUAUUUUCAAUUUUUUUUUUUUAUUACAAUUCGACUAUAAAUAAUAAAAUACCUGAAAUGUACACAGAAUAUUUAUAUUGGUCUUAAUGGUAAUACAGCUUUUGUGACUUACACAAAUAAAGGUUAUACUUACUACUAGAAAAUCAUCAACUCGACACGCAAUUUACAUAAUUUUGGUUUACAGUCGUUUAAUAAAAUAUGAAAAUAACAUCGUCGGUCGAGUAAAUAUAAAACUAUCGCAAUACAGAAUAAAUUUAGUUUGAAAAUAUUUUGUGUUACCUUCUGAUAUCUCAUACUAUACAUAUUUUCGAAACGUAUGUACCUAUCUAUUAUUAUCAUAAGAUUUUGAAUUCUUGUGCAAUUUACAAUCCACAUAUUUUUCUAACUGUGAUUAUAUACAGUUUGAUUACCAACUCAUUUUAAGAAUGUUGAUGCAUAUUACAUAGUAGCUGUCCCAUUCGGCGUUGUCUAGACCAAUUUGUUUGUUUUUUUUUUAUUUCAUCUGUAUCACCAGGGUAAUCCAUGAAUAAUCGAAAAUAAAUACAAAUUAGAUAUUCUUACCAAAAAUACCCAAAAACCCUUAUUUACCUCCUUUGGUAUUGAAUUUUCAAAAAUCCUUUCUUAGCAGAUAUCUAUGUCAUAAUAGCUAUCUGUUAUCUGUAUGCCAAAUUUCAGCUCGAUCCGUCCAGUGGUUUGGGCUAUGCGACAAUGAAUCACUCAUGACAUGUUAUUUUAUGUGCAUAGAUAAUAUAUAUUAUAGAUAGAUUAUCUUCUUAAUACUAUACGUUGGGUCAAUUAAUAUAGUAAACCACAUCCGUUUUACUGGCUUCAAUAAAAUUACCAUAAAUCGUAUUAGUUUUAUAACCAUAUACGAGUGAAUCUUAAUAUUAUACACCCAUAUGCACAGACCCGCACCAGAUCUGGUUCACUGGCCGUACCCGGAUUUUUUAUAGUUAAAACAUUAAACUUAACGUAAAUAUUGAAAUCAUUUCACUUCAACCGAAAUAACGACGUUAACAAUAUUGUUUAAAAUACGAAUCGCGUACAAAAUGUAAUCCGUAGGAUUUUCGUAUUUCUAUACGAGUAUUUACACUGCAGAGUUCUUCUGUAUAAUUUUGUUUAGUUGAAUAUUCAAUAUCUAUUCGAGUACAAAUUCAAAACAAUUAGUCCAGUAUAAAUUAAUUAUUUAACUAUUCAACAGUGGACUUUCGCAUUUUAUCGGAACGAGUCACAUUCAUUUCUUUACUUCGUAAUAUGCAGAAAAUGUAUAAUUUAUUGAUCACGAUAACCGCCCGUAUUUAAGAGGUACGUAUAGGUAAUAUUCACGGAAGAAAAAAAUGGAAAUUUAUCAACUUAAACAUAUUCAAAUUCACUAUCGAAUAAAUGCACAAGUAAUCCCGUGUACCAUUAAUAAUUUAUCAUAAGUCAUUUUUAUGUAAGCGUGAUUUAAACUACAUUAUUUCAUAUUUUUAAUAGAACUACAGAAGUUGUAAUUUUAGUAUUUUUACAAAAACUACUGGAUAGUACUAUUAAAAAACGGCACGCUACGAAAUGUAUGAAAUUCUUUAAUGUGCUGUGAAAUUUGGGUAAUUUUGCUGUUGAUACGGAAAUAGUACAGUUGUCCCGCGCCAAAACAGUUAACCGAAAAAUUACACGAAAAUUAUUAACAGACGCGAUAAUAUCGGAAGACAUGAACCGUUUAAAUAUUUGAGUUUAAUAAAUAUUAUUAUGAAAUAUUAUUGAUAGGAAAUUGCAUAGAACGAAAUUCGCGAGAAACUUCCUAACGAAAAUGUUAUGUUCGAAAGUUUUCGGUUGAGUUUCGUCGUUCUAAAACUUACUAAUGUUCUAUCAAAUACAGUAUUCUAAAUUCCCAACAAUACGAUCCGGUAUAGGCGAUAAAUUGUAACUAACUUUCUCUUUCUCGUAUUCUCUCUCUCGUGAACGGGACAAAGUUUUAUAAAACGGACACACGAAUAUUAAUAAUAAUAAUAUAUACAUACAUACAGAGAUCUAAUAAAAUAUUAUUCGGUUCCUAAAAUCGAUGUGAUUUAUUACUGUCCUCUCUCCAAAAAACAAAAUAUACAAAUAUUUACAUAUUAAUUUAGUUGCCUGUAUAUACAUUAUAAUAUUAUACUUAUCAAUAACUUGUAUUUAAAUAGAUAAAAUCGAAUAUCCUAUAGUGAAUUUUCAACAAUUUAGACCAUUUUUAAAAACCGAAAAUGUGUUUUCCGAGAACAAAACUAAAUAAAAGACCAAUAAAGGAUAAACUGUUAAGAAUUCGAAAAAAAAAAAUAGUUCAAGUAAAGUACAAUAGAGUGGAAAUUCCUCAUCUUCCAAUGUGAUUUAUUUCACGUAAUCUUCCAAGGCACCUUACGUGGAAAAAUCGGAACACAAUUUAAAAUUUCGAACAAAAUGACAAACAAAGUACUAUCUGGUGAAAAAUCACAAUAUAUAACAGUCAUAUUAAAAUAAUGUACUGAACUGGUCACUACUGCAUUUGUUACCGCAUACUGUAUGUGCUAUUUUAGACCCUGAUGGUGAUAAAAAUAUUUCCGCCAAAAUCGUCGCUUGUUAUUGUAUAAUACUAUAGUAUUCACUUUACCGAUAAACGGUCAACGUCGCAACAAAAUAUUUCCCGACGAUGACGUCAAAUUCAAAUAUGGUAUAUCAUCAUUCAUCAUUGACAAUUAUAACAAUGUGCGACUAAAAACAUAAUAAUAACUGAAGGGCUUCCGGUCGAAAACAAGAUAAGACAAUGGUUCGUAGGUAUUGAUUUUUCAUUUAUAAGAGACGUGAAGAAAAAAAUGCAAGCGGUAUAGGUAUAGUAUUAAUUUAAACACUCUGUAACCGACCGUCAUUGGUCCAAGUGCAGUUCGUUUUUUAUACGGUUUGUUAACCGAAGCUCGACUUGACCUCGAUACUCGGGGGACAAUAUGUUACACCGAUAUAUUAUAAUAUAAAAUACGUGUGUGUUUUCAUCGAGUAGUCUAACUUUCUAGGUAGGUUGGUAGGCAUUAUUUUCAAACCACUAGGUAUUUCUAAAUUAUAUAUCGUCGGAUGUUUAUAAAUUUUACAAAUUUGUACCAAGAAAACUAUUAUUAUAAAAACUACCAAGGAAAAUCAAGAAACGACCUCCCCCGAUGCGCCAAUUAGAUCAAAAAUUUUACAAGUAAUGUCCUAUAAAGUUUUUGAUUGAAGCAAGAUUUCUGGUAGAAUUGUUUUUUGACAAACAACAAAACAGUGGCUUACAAGGUUAUGCUGCAAGGUAGCCGACAAUGUUAUUAUUCAAAAUGAUUCAUCCAAUUUCAAACGGUUAUUAUAAAUUGUAUCUCAUCAAAUUAUAUAUUAAUUAAUAGAGGGAUAUCCCAAGUUGUUGGUAUUAAUUAAUUCAAUAUCAGAUGCUGUAUGUUGUUCGUGUGACCAAUCGAAACCACAGAAAACAUUUAUAGAUACCAUAAACGAAAUUCCAAAUAGGUACUGAUAUUUUAUUUAACGCCUUUCAACGAGACAUACAUUACUGUAAACCAAUAAGCGUUCCUUUUCGGCGCACGCUUCAACGGCAUCAAUUUGUAAUGUAAAUACACAUAACUUCUUAGAGGAUGCAAAAAUCUAUUGAGAUCCUAUAUGCACAAGGAAAAUAAAACUUAAAUAACAGAUAAAAAAAAAAAAAAGGCUCCGAGGGGAGUUACAUUUACUCCCUGUAAACGCGCCAUUUCUACAAUAUACAUUUAGGAAAAUGCGGAUUUUUGUAAUCUUAUUGAAUUAUUCGGGACUCGAAAACCAAACGUUGAAUAGUUUUGAUACGUAUACAGAGUAAUUAUAUCACACAUAUUCCAUAUAACAUAUAGGUCAACGUGAACUUGAAAUAUUUCGGAAAAAAAAAAACCUUUCUUCUAUUACUUGGACACGAUUUCGGUGUUAUUUUUAACCGAGCGAUGCAAACGCGAAGGGAAUUCGUUUAUAUUAUAAUGUACGGCGUGCUUAUAAUUGUAGCCCGCGAUUUGUAGGUCGUCUGGCGUUCCCGGUGCCGGUGCCGGUGUCCUGCGAAUCAAUAAAACCGAUGAUACUUAUAGACACGCGCGUCUAUAGUACCAUUAGCUCGUGUACAUUAUUAUAGGUGUAUAAAUAAUAACCUAUAUUACAUACAAGAAAAAAAACUCCGACCAUAUAGUAUCAUAUAAAAACGUCUGCAAAUAAUAUUCAACUCGAUACGCGUAGUUUAUAAUACCGUGAUAUUAUAGAAGAUGUUAUACUAUCUAAUAAGGUCCUCGCGGCCGGUCGUGUACAGUGAAAAAAAAAAACAAAGUUUAAGAUAUCUAUAUAAAGAUAAUAACAAGCGAUACUGAGGCUAGAAUAAAAAAAAAUCUAGACGAAGAUAAAAAACACAAUAAAUAUAACGGUUUAAUUAUGUAGACAAAGGUAAAUAACCGGCAACUUUGUAAUAAUUGGGAGAUGGAAGCUAAAACUCCGAGCCACCUAUUUGCGUCAGUACGUGCGACGUCCAUUUGUCUAGGUCAAAGCAGAAAAAAAUAUUAUAAUAUUAUUGUCCACAAUAUAUAUAUAUAUAUAUAUAAAAAAAAAAAAAAAAACGGUGUUUUGACAAUAAUAUUGACAAAGUUGUGAUUUCAGGCGACCGUCGUGCCGUUAGCGUGACAUGGACAAGCGUGAAUACGUGAGGAAAUUGCCUCCGCUGGCCUCAUCCGAAGAUCUCAGUGAGGAUUUAUUAGACAGCCCGGACGCGGACACCAAAAACAAAUGUUUGGAAAACAUCGAGGAAGUGCCGGACACUCCGGCCAAGGCGGCCAGACAGCAGACGUUAUGUUUGGCAAUGCCAAAUGCCCCGAGGAUAGACAUCUCUCGAGCCAGCAGCUCUUCGCACCACGACGACAGUAGUCCCGAGAGAGACUUGUUCGUCGGUAAGUCCAAUAACCAAUAAUGUCGUAAUAUAUAUAUAUAUACACACGUGAUAUCAUUGUCGUACCUAUAAUACAAUAUAAUUAUUAUGUUAUAUUUUGUGUCGUUUGAAAUUUAAAAUUCCGUAUAUCUAACAGUAAUUCUAUUGUACUUUGCUACAGCUAUUAUCAUUAUUUUUGCCGCGAUAGCAAUAAGCCUUUACGACGUAUUUAAGCACAGGUCCCGAUUAGCGAACUCGGCGCGAAUUAUCAUCUCGGAUGCAUAUUAUUAUUUCGUUUGUUGGUCCGGCGCCAGAACGGUAAAUCGUGCUCGCCCGUCGAAAUCAAAAGUAAUUUUUAAGCUCGGUCUAUAAUAAAAACGGAAUGGAACGGCGAAUGGCUAAAAAUAAUUGAUCCUGUACACGCGUCGGGAUGGCGUGAGGUGAGACGCGAAUUUCAGACGUUUAACAGGCCCCCGUUUAUCGGCCGGUUAAAUGUUUACGAUCCGAUUUGGCAGACACGCUAUGAUGUCCGAUUAAACACGGAAUUCUCUAGUAUACGAGCGGCGUACGUUAUGUAUAACGAAUGAAAAAAAAAAAAAUUACGCCGGAUUUAUACGGUUUUUGUAAAAACAGCGUAAACGCGUAUGACGGUGCAGUAAACAACGCACGGUGUAUGUGCUCGAAACGAAAACGGAGCACGGGACGUCGUCGUUCGCAUAACCGACGCCCGUUUGGUUUAUUAGAUUUAUACACAUAUAUAUAUAUAUAUAUUUACACGAUUUAUACAUUAUUUUGUUUUGUUUUUUUUUAACUGUUAUAAUAUUACCGUUGUUGUUUGUUUGUGUUAGACGCCGACGGUAAAUCUGUCGAUUCCGUAAAGUCUUGUCUGGGAUACACGGAAGAGAUUAUACCCGACUUGCACAGCAGUACCGAAGAAUUAAAUUUUCACGACUUAACCGAGUCGGAAAUCCGGAGGCGGCGGUCCAAACUGCAGCCUCAAUACGCGGUAUAUAUUUAACAAACAUUUAAUAACCUCGUAUUGUCGCUAAUGUCUUUACAAACAUAUUAUAAUAUUGUUGUUUAACGCGAUAAUUUUCCUCAAAUCGCGCCGUUUCGUUAUUCCGGCCGCUUUUUUUUUAACAUAGAUACGAUACUUAUCUACGUUUCAAACACAUAUAUCAUCCAAGCCCCGUCUAUUUGAGAAUUGUUUUCUUAAACAAAACAAAAAAAUAACCACCUAAUACUAUAAUUAGGUGAAACUAAACUUCGAGAAAAAAACACUAUUUAUUACAUUAAGAACAAUUAUUAAAGUUGAUGAAAAUAUUAUUUUUAGAACAUAAUACAGAGUGUCCCAUCGUGUUCAACGGAUUUUUAUAUCUCUCUUAAUAUUCAAUUUUUCAACAUUUUUUUUUUCAAUCAGAAUUCCUUUCAGGAGGAAUAUAAAUUGUUUUCACACCAAUUUUCUAGAAUUUCAAUCUGCUAUUACUGUAAAACUAUUGAUAUGUACCUAAAUAUGAUGUACUAAAAUUUUUAGAAUAACAUUUAUCCGUAAAUGGCUAUUUCAAAAAUGUUGAAAAGUGAACAAAUAAAUUUAUAUAUUUUAAUUAAUUAAGGGGCAAAAAUAAAAAUUUAAUUUUUCUCUAAAUACAUGCUCCCUGAAAGAAAAUUCAAUUGAAAAACUUGAAAACAAAAAGUUUAAUAUUAACAAAGAUAUCAAAAUUUAUCGAAUUGUCUUCUAAAUUACACGUAUACAACUACUUAAUUAUCGUUGGACUUUCAGUAUCUUACCAUAGUUAUACCUACGCGUCUAUUGACGUUUCAACAUCAAAACGAUUAUAAUUAUAUUCAAUUUAAAUAACCAAUAUUUUACUAUAUUAUUAUAAAUUAUUAAUAGAUAUUAUUUUAUUUACAGGUUUCUGACGCUACUAUGGACACAGAUUUCGCCGCUGACCGAAGGGAUACAGCUAGCGAAUCAGGUUUCCUUUGUAUUAGUGGUCGUAGUAGCCGGGUCUCUUCAGUAGGUUCAGUGCACUCUACAGCUUCUAUAGCUUCUGCAGCAUCGCGUUUAUCUGCUGCAUCAAAUUAUUCCAGUUAUUCCAGAGCUUCCCGAGGCUCUUCGCCGCAUAGAGUACUCUUGGAGACAUCAUUCUGUGGUCCUAAAUCACCCGAGCACUUUGCCAACCGCCAGCUGGUUCUCAGCAACGACGACGACGACGAUCUUAGCGAACCAACCGUUAGGCCAAAAUUAGCUGACAUAGAAACACAAACCGAAAGAAGACCGAAAAAAGAACACGCGGAUUCUGUGAAAAAAGAAAUAAAAAAAGAUCAAGUGAAAGAAAAAGUGAAGAGAACAUCGUCAAAGGCUAAAGAACUAAAAGAAACAAAAGAAAUUAAAGAAACAAAAGAAAAAAAAGAAAUAAAAAAACCAAACAUGGAAAAUAAACCAAAAGAAAAGCAGACUAAGGAGAAACCCACUGAAAAAGUAAAAGUCGUUCUUGAUAACCCAAAAACGCAAAAAUUUGUACCAUUGGAAAGUCUUGAUGAUGAUGACGUAGAAAUAAUUCAGAGUAAUAAUCCUAAACAAGUCCCGACAGCUAUACCACGCGAAAAUUCCUCUCGUCCUAAAAUAUCUACAGGGGAAAAUCAAAUUUACAUUCCACUAAAUCCUGAUCCAAACGAACAAGUGUCUGCAAAUCCAACUAGUCCUAAACGGUUAAAACCGUUUACAAACAAAACAUUAGUGAAUUUUAUUAACAGAGACCCAGCUACUAUUGAAUCUAGAAGAAUAAGGAGACCGGUUAGAUCGGGCUCACCCGGAAUCAGAGAAGAAUUUCAAAAAUUCAUAGCAAGUACAGAUGAAGAAGCCGACGGAACACCAAUGAAACCCGUCAAGUUAAGAAAACAAGUAAGUGUUGACAUGACUAAAAGGAAAUCAAUAGACCAAGACUGCUCUUCCAGAUCUAUGUCACCAUCGAUAUUUGAAGAAUUUCAAAAAUUUAUUUCUGAACCAGAGGAUGGAGAUUUAAACGUAACUAAACUUCAAUCGAAAAAUCGUUGCUCGGCCAUUUCAAUUACGAGCCGUGAAGUUCAAUCUGUAGUCGGUGCAGGAUUAACAGAUAGUCCUAAUCUCGGAAGAUCUCUAUCGCCGUCAAUACACGAAGAAUUUCAAAAAUUUAUGACACAGCCGGAUGACGAAGAAAAAGGUAUUGUGCACAAAACAUUGCCUCAAUCCACAUACAAAAAUCCAAUCGAAGGUAGUCCUUCAUUGUCAACUUCGAGUAAUAUUCGUUCAAUCUCGCCAAGUAUUUAUGAAGAAUUCCACAAAUUCAUGGUAGAACCGGAAGGGAAUGACAAUCUAUUACCCCCUCCGCCGCCGAGAAAACAUGAUAAUGAUUUACACCCAGACGAAGCUCCUACAAGUAGAUCUGUAAGUCCGGGAAUACUCGAUGAAUUUCAAAAAUUCAUUAAUCAACCCGACGAAGAUGUAUCGGGCAGAAAAAAAUGUGACCCUGCGCCACCCGCAAAAAGUCAACAGAUGAUUAAAGUUCAAGUGCACUGUACUCCGGGAAGUCCGCCACCGGGACAGGUUAUCAUCAAAAAUUCAGGAAGGCCUAAGUCUGACGAUCUAGUGAAAAUCAUACCACUUAAAAGUGAAGAUGACGAUUCGGGUCAACUACAAUCCGUCACUUCGUCGCAAGCUCAGAUCCUCAGGAGGCGUUCCGAGUCUUCCAAGGAAGCCAGACCGAAAACCGGUAACCAAUAAAAUUCCCCAAAAUCGGUUUUUGUUCGGCACCUUACUUUUUUUUUUUUUUUUUUUAGUUGUUAAACAAAUCAUUAUAACCCAGUGCUUUCUUAACUGCUGUUUUUAUAGUGCGCGUAACAGAAUUAAUAUAUUUUUUGAUAAGCUGAUCGUGAUAACUAAUUAUUAUAUUUACACUUGUUAAUAUAGCAUUUAAAUAUUUAAUGUUCCAUACUAACAUGAAAAAUUAACAUAAUUAACAUGGUAUUUUGAUUACGUAAUCCUUUUUCUUUUUCGAAUUCACUAAAUUUCAUGUUGUAUGGGAAAAUAUUUAAGAAAUGUAUUAAUCUAUUAACGUAUCGAAUAUAAUUCGCUCUAAUGUAUCAGUUUAUUUCAUAAAAAUUUAAUUAAUUUUUAAAAAUAUUCACUUAACUAAAUCAAUAUUUUCAUAAAAAUAAGAAAAGUUUAUUUUUCAUUUAUUAUUUAUCUCUAUCAAAUUUUCUAAGAAAUAAUAUUUAUUAAUUCCAAAUGUGAUAAAUAUACAUUAAUAAACAUACCAAAAACAUAAGAAUAUAAAACCAUUCAAAAUCCAUAAAAUAAUCGUUUCUUAUUAAUCGUAUCGUUAUUAUUCCAUGUACAUUUCUUAAACUUUGAUUAUUUUUAUCUAUUAUAAUAUUAUGUUAUACUUUUAUUAUUGAAUGAUUGAAUGAUAUUCAAUAUUCAAUUACUUACACUAAGGAGCUCUUUUAGGCCUAGGCGCUCUAAACAUAAUUAGACUGACUUCUCACUAUUUAGGAGAUUAGGGUCAUACAUAGUAAGACUGAAUGGCGCGUAGAACUCAUGAGCUAGUUAAAAUUGUAAAAAACAAAAACUAAGCAAUAUAAAUGAAAAACAAUAAUAAAUACUCAUAAUUAUAAUAGCUAUUCGAUAAGUCUUAGGAGAGAUUUUAGUAAUUCCAUAGUGAUAUUAUCAAACACUUUUAUAAAUAUAUAAUGAUGUAAAUCGGAUAUAAAUCGGAAGUCCUCCUGGGGUGUUGAAAUGCGAAAGAAUCUACAGAGGAAGGACACUCUCGUCGAAGACGUACAGAGGCCUACUCGCUCGCCAUCCCAAUUAGUUUCCCGUGUGUUAUUUACUAUCUACUAAUAUUUAACUAGAUUUCAAUAUUCUGGACGAUGUUUUAAAUAUAUAUAUAUAUGUCUGUACUCUAGGGACAUUGGAUAAAUCUAAGGACCGCAGAGGAUCCAGUCGGUCGCUAUUCGGAUCACUCCUACAACGAGCUAGCAGUUUCAGAAGCAUAAAUAAGAAAUCUCCAAAACGGCCUAGCGCAUCUGAGUUUAUUGAUAUUGAUCCGAAAUUCACUAAUGUCGAAUUUAAAUUUAAUCAAGACGUGAGUGUAUCUAUUGCAAAUGAAUCCAGUGUAUUAAAAGCGAAUUCUUAUUACUUAACGUUUUCACCUAUGUACGGUUUUUAGAUCGAGAAGGACACGGUUAUUAUUCCGUUGCAUUCUCCUAAUGAUAGUCCCGAUGAACUCGUUGUUAGCGAUUCUGAUUCGAAUAUCACCAGGGCAGUUGUUCACGUUUCGUAUGAUCCUAAUCGGGUUCAAGAUUCGCCAAAUAAUCUAAUCGACGACACGGUAAUCAAUAAUAACAACGUGCUUAAAGAGUCUAUCGAUAAAGUUAAUAAUGAUGUUAUCGAAAAUAACACAGAAAAUAUAAAAAUUAUCAAAGAUAACAUAGACAAUAAUAACGAAAACGACUGUGCUAUGGUGAACAAUUUAGUUAGACCCGAAGAUUCGUCACUGUCGCCACAAUUGAGUAGGUAAAUAACUGUAUUUAAUACAACGGGCUUGGAUGGAUUUUUUUUUUUUUUAAACAGUCUUCGAAUUUAAAAAUAAUGCGCGUGCAAACGAAUAACUAUACGAUUUGUUUAACAGAUCGCUGCAGGAUCCGGAUCCACUGCACUCGGCUAACAGCGAUGACACGUCGCCGGACUCGGAAGUGAUGUCAUCGUUGUCAGUUACCGCCACCGAAGAGGAGAAGAAAAUACUGUUCGGCCAACCCAAUUCGGUGGAAGAGGAACUGCCGAACGUGCCGACCACGCUUCCGCUGGAAAGGUAAUCGCCCCGAUUGUGUGUUCAUACGCGUUCACGUGGAAUACAUGAUACAUGCUUAUUCAAAGGUCGGUAGCCGUGCCAAUUAUACCGGUCAAGCACCGCAAGAUCGCGGAAACGAAGACCUGUUCGCUGGACCGGCCGACUCGGUGCGGCACGCCUAUUUCUUCCGACUUGCCGUCGGGCUUGGGAACGUACGCCAUCGCGGCUGCGUUCGAGGAAGCGCCAACCGUCACCUCCAAAAUACAAAUCACACUUCCGAAGUAAGUAUGCGCUCCCAUCUUGACCCAUCUCACAGCCCUAAUCUCGUUCUCGUCAGUAACGUGACUUACAAAAGUUUGAUUCGAGAGUAAAGCACGAUUUUCCGGGCCCUUAAAAACUACAAUUUUUGACGAGUCUUUUUUUCUGCUUGUUCGGCGAAAGCGAAAAUAACAAGCAAAAAAUAAAAAGGACGGACAUAAUUCGUACGAUGAUAGAUGGGCUACUGUUGUAGGUGAGUAGUUGAGAAGGUAGGAUAUAGAGGGAAAUGUAAUUUAUAUUAUCUAUACGCAACGAUAAACUAUUGCUAACGAAAAACGAUUCGGAGCGAAGUUUCUUUUAUACAUGUACGUACAUAUUCUCGUUUUUCCUACGUGUUUCCUCCCCAUUAUUAUGAAGACCGUUUGUAAAAUCAAAAAAUGACAUCUCUAAAAUACCAACUAGACAAAAUUUAUUUUCAAAAAAAAUGACACAAUUGAUACAACAGAGCAAGAUUUCCCAUUGAAAAGUUACUCGCAGUAAAAAAACGAACGUCAUUGUAAAACCAAUACAUUCCUCGCUACGCUCCGAAUCUAAAAAUGUUUUUAUAAGUUCAUCAAUUAUAGUCGUCGAUGAAAUAGCACCAUAUAAUAUGGUUUGUUCACCCAUCGUUCACUAAAAAAAAAAACCAACAUUAGUACCAAGGGCCCCUUAGAUUCUCUCUUCCGCAUUGCAACAGAACACGUUCCCCUAAUUGGCUUUUUUUUAUUCUUACGCUGUAAUUAUUGUCACUCGUGGUGAUUGGUAAUUACCCAGUAAAUAUUUGUACAGGUAAUAUUUUUAAUGUAAUAUACAUACAAGCAACAAAAAUUGUUACAAACAUUAUAAGAUUAAUGCAAACUAACAAAUGACGAUAGACCGUAAAUACAGUUUAUGGUUUAUAUAAGUAUAAAUGAAAUAAAAUAAAAUAAGUUUUGACUACAAGUCAGAAACCAUAAAUUGAAUAGAUUACUUGAUAAAUGAGCAUAAAAUUCAAUAGCAGAAAAAAAAUUGAAUACCAUAUUUUGGACGGGUAAAUACCCUCAAUACCUGUAUAUAUAUAUAUAUAUUAUAUCCAUUAUACUAGACGGACGAAUUUGUUUUACAGAAAAUCAUUAGUCUCGAAGAAACCGGCGUCUUCGUUGACCGAAUAGUGUAAUUCGAAAUUUUCAGACAUUUCCAACAUAAAAAAAAGGUACGGAAAAGGUCCUAAUUGAUUAGCAUAAUUUAUUAUUAACGGCAUACUAACAAGCGUGUAUAAUAUAAGUAAUAACCAUUAUAUCUAUAUUAUAAUAUACCUAUAGUAACUACUAACUCUACCUUUGAAGUUUUUAAGUAAAUAAAGAGUAUGUCUCCUAAUUAACUACUUGAUUCGCGUAUUCGACCUACUUCGCCUUUUUUUUCUUUCUAUGAAUCUUUUUAUCGUAAUUUCUAAUCCACAGAGCUUUAACAAACACACUUCUUUCUUCUCAUGCUUAUUCAUUUGUUAUACGAUCAACUUCCUACCCGAUUUAAUUUUAAGGAUUCUCCUAUAGCAUCACGCCUCGAAUACAAGUUAUUUUUUUUUUUCUUCAACCUUCCCUGUUGUUUGUGACUCGCCCCCCGAAAAGAGUUACGCUACAAAUAUACGUCCUUAAAAUGGUAUGGUUUUCCUUAUUUUCAUAUCUACAUUUCUGGCAGUAAGUAGACACCUCUUGUAUGGGUCCUUACUACCUACCUGCCUACUUAUACGUGUAAUAAUUAUAAGGUUUACCAUGAAAAUAAACAUCCAAUCUAAUCUAUAAGUACGAACAAAUACCCCUUGUGCACACUUGGUUCCUUUGGUCGUCGGUCGAGACUUCGCGAACGGUAGACAGUGAAUAAUUUUACAUUAUUUGUUUGUUUGUUUGUUUUUUUUUUUAAAAAAGAUUCAAAAGAACAACGACUGUCCAACAGUCAUCGCCGCCGGACGACACCGCGGCGGGUAACCGCAGCAGCAGCAGCGACCCGCCGAAGCGGCGCAGAGCGCGCAGCGUGAACAUGCCGACGGGCUGUUCGCGGAGCCGUUGGGUCGACUUUGACGACGACAACGCCGCCAACGAGGCAGCGUUCAUGUCGAGAUCGCCCAGGAAAAUCACCGUCCUGCCCGCUUCCAUGCGCCCCCGCCGGAGGUCGUCGUCGUCCGCGAACGUCGACUCCCGGUGCGGUUGCGACUGCCAUCACGGUCAUCACGACACGUGGCCCGCCGUCACCAGGAACAGGAGCGACACGACUUAAAACGAACAAGACUCUCGUCCGUUUUAGUAUAUUAUUAAUUAUUAUUAUUAUUAUUAUUAUUAAAUAUUAUUAAAUAUUAUUAUUAUUAAUAUUAUUAUACUACUUAUACAUUUCAAAACAAAAACAAAAAUUAAAACAAAUUUAUUUAUGUAAAUAUACGAAACCGGUUUACGCUGUACUAUAUUAUUUAUUAUAAUAUACGCGCGAAUUUAAUAGAUAAUAAAUAUCAAUACUGUCGCGUCGGAGUCUCACGCAUACUCGCCGAGUAUCCUGUUUAAGUAGGUACCGGUAUACAAAAAAUGUAUAUUUAUUAAAAAUUAACGGUUAAUAAUAUUGUAUACGCACUGCCAAUAUUAACAAAAUAUUAAGGUCAACGACGAUUUUACGACGGCCAAGUGCAUUAUCCCAGUGAUAAGACACUUGCGCCCCCUCCCCCCUCGAAAAAUAAAAACAUUUAUAAAAUCUUUCGUCGGCCAUUUUUUUCACUUUCCAUUAUUUUUAACUAAAUAACGUAAACAUUACCCGGUGGCGUACACGUGAUUUCUGAAAGGGGUUACCGAAAACGCGACGCCGAUGGGGCCCCCCCUAUCCCAGAAGAUAAAUCCUCACCGCUCUCUCACGACACAACAUUUUCUCUCACCCCGAAGAUAUUUUGGCAGUUCUUAAUUCGUUCGCAACAGUUCGGGAAAUGUCGUCUUAAUUAAACCGAAUAUUAAAUUAUUAUUUAAAUUUUACGACGUACCGCGACGAUCAGUGGCGUGUCCAGGAAUUUCAACGGGAGGGUAUGUGACGAAUAAUGACCGUAUAUUGUCUAAUCUUCUUUUCUGCUCAACUCGACUAUGAGAAUUUAAAAUCCGGAUACAAAAAAAAAACCAAUACUUAAUCAAUACACCAAACUUUUCCUUGCAACUGGGCUGAAAUAUUACGUGCCGACAUAUUUCCAUUAAAAUUAAAUUUUACGAAAUAAAUACACACAAUUAUUGUGUUUUCGAAUCAACGGGAGCAGCAGGAAGAGAUUACUUCUAACCGGCGCACGCCACAGCCGACGAUACAAACAAAAAGCUAUGUGGGAGGUUUGACUCCCGUCUGAUAAACAUCUCGAAGAGAGGUGGGGGAGCGAAAUAGGGAAACUGUCACGUCUGGGUUUUUAAUUCCUCUGUGUAUAAUAUGAAGUGUUAAAGUUAAGUUUUUUUGUGAAAAAAAUUUAUAUUUACCUAUAAAGUAAUUUACCAUUGUCCCAUGCCCCCUUGAAAAAAAGCGUUUACUGAUGUCCGCGAAACACCCACAACCCCCGGCCGCGUGCGAUACGCCUUUGACGAUACCUACUAAUUUAACAAAAAAAAAAAAACAAUAAAAAUCUCCCAUCAAUUCGUUUUCAUAAUACUAUUUCGUUGUUUACGCGCCCGUCGAUACAAUACAAUUUUCAUGACACGUGUUGAGAGUUCCUGCGAGUCCUGGCAUAAACGAAAUCACGACAUUUUUUUCUUUCCCACCCCCGCCCCCCGCCACCUACAAAACGCUGUUCAACACAACGUUUUAUCGCAAAAGGGUAAAUUCGAUAUUUCCGUAGAGUUUUAACAAAACGAUCCGAGACGUUAGCAGACACUCGACACGGGUCGAUCGAGGAACUUUUCCCGCCCGAUUAAAAUAUAAUAAUAUAAUGUUUGUUUAUUUAAUAUAUAUAUAUAUAUAUAUUUUUUUUUUCUGUAUAGAAUCUUUUAACAUGUUUUAGAAAAAAAAAAAAAACUACGCAAUCGAAUGUAUAAUAUGUUAUACAUUGUAUUCAUUAUUAUUAUUAUUAUUAUUAUUUAUUGUUAAGUUUUAAAUCUUAGAUGUUUUAGACGAAUAAAAAAAAAAAAAAAAAAAAAAAAAAAUAGAAUAAAAGACAUCAAAUAGAUUAUCAUACAUUAUUGCAAUAAUGCAUUAUGUUAAAUAUUUUCUACUCAUUUUAUUGCCCGUAUACAUUAUUAUUAUUAUUAUUGUAUUAUUAUUAUUAUUAUUAUUGUAUUAUUAUUAUUAUUAUUAUUAUUACAUAGAGAUUAUAUAGAUAAUCAUUAUCAAUUGUUCAUGUAAUAUUAUUAUUGUCGUCCCGUUAUGCUAUACACACCGGCCCUAUUCGCGAUUGUUCUGAGCACGUUUUGCGUGAAUUUCCGUACUACGGCGGCAAUUUCCGGCGAACAUUCUGCGCCGCGCCGUGACGAAACGGGCCCCCCCCCCCACCGUGUACAUCCUCGGUGCCCGGCGGACGCGGCCGUCCCCGCUGGACCCUUCUCACAUCCGGGCCCGCCUAACGUUGUUAUUAUUGUUACGGCGUUUCUCGGGGUUUCAAGACCGUAAGUUUGCCGCCCGGACGAUUUUGACGUGAAUAGUAUUUUAGUGUACCGGAGAACAAAUUGUGGUAAAACGAGCGGUGUUUUAUUUUGUUUUUUUUUUUUUUCAUGCAGACUAACCGCAAUAUACAAACAUAGGAAUUGUACUUAUACAUAUAUAAUACGUAUUACUGAAUAUUAUAAAAAAAAAAAAUUUUAAAAAAAUUAGCGUAAUAUUAUGCUAAAAUAACUUAUACUCUAAUUCGGCUCAUUCUUAAAUAUUAUUAUUAUUGUAUUUUAUAAUAUUAUUAUUUAAUUUUUUUCGAAACAGAUUUUAUUAUUGCAUGAUGGAAUUUAAUCCAUUUAAUACGUACGUACGCGAUUAAAAUAAAAAAACAAAAAAGUACGACUGAUUUAUUUCUAAUUUUUAACCCUAAAUUGUACAUGGAAAAAAAACAUGUUAUUUUAUACUUGUUGUUAUUUGUGUAAUAAUUAUGUAUGGCAGAGAUUAAAGCGAAAACAAUAUUGAUAUUAGCCUAUUACAUUUUAUUUUUUUCUUUGCGCCUCGUCCGUUUACAAAAAUGUGUCUGAAUUUAUUAUUUUAAUUUUUAGAUUCUGAACAAAUCGAGAAACGUAUUGGGUUAACUGUGAUGUUAGUUUUUUUUUUUAUAUUGAAUCAGGCGUUGUUUUCAAAAAUUGACCCCUUGACGAGAUAUUCCACUAUUAAGUUUGGGUAAGUGGAGCAUUAAUUAUGCGUAAGCACGUAGCAUGACGUUUACCUACUUCAUCAAUUUAUACAAUUUUUAAUAUAGAUAGAGCUAUUGCCAUUUAAAAUUAAAAGUAGUCGUUAGAUAGUCGUUUCAACUUCCAUAAAUAAGGGCGUCAAAAAAUAACGUCGAUGUAACAUUUUAUAGCUUCUCGCUUCUUAAAAUAUCAAAAAUAAAAAAAAAUUGAAAAAAUUUAAUACCUUUCGAAAUAUCAAAUAUAGUUACAUAAAUGGAUCACUCUGUAUAUAUUAUAGUGAAAACACAAGUCAGGAAAGCCCACACUGCGAACGUGCAAAGUUCUUAGCUUAUAAACGUAUCUUAAUUUUUAAACAAUAAACUAUAAUUCCAUCUACAAUAUUCAAUUAAUUUGGAAACCUAGUAUAUUAAGCGUAAAUAUGAAAUCAUAAAUAAAUUAAAUAUUUUCAAUUUGUAAUAGUUUACUGGACAUUUUCUAAAUUCUUAAGGGAUGUAUACUUUGGUGAAUAACUACCUUUUUUUCUGAUUCUGAGUGUAGCGAAGAAUGGAUUGGUUUUACUA